AAAGUGAAAGUUGAGAAUUCUCAGUUUUCUUACUUUUCUGCGCGCAAUGGCGAGUAAUGAAGAUCCCCCAGAAAGAGAAGUUAAGGACUUCCGCUUUCAGCAACUAUGCAGGAUACGCAUAUUUGAUCAGCCAGGAAAUCCAAUCCAAGGUGUUACACAAUUGGUUGCCAGUUCAUCACUGUAUGGUUUAACAUUUCUAGGAACAACAAAUGGAUUCAAAGUUAUUAAAACAUCUGACUUGACCGAUAUAGACAAUAGACAUGCAUCAGAAAGAACAACAUUGGUUGUGCCAGAUCCUCCAUUUAGAGCGAGCAUCCCAGUAGAGGGCACUGUGUCCCACCUGUGUUUGAGCUGUGAUGAACUGACGUUAGCUGUAGUUGUCUCCCUUGACAGCGUUGUUCAAAUAUAUAUGUAUGAUGUGCGUGGAGUCGCUAAUCAGGGUCAGGAAGCAGAACCUUUUCAGAAAAUUCGUAUGAGGAAUUCUGUACUUGAUUUAGCCUGGAAUCCGACUCAGCCAACACUGAUUGUGGUUUGUAUGAGUGAUGGUACUGCCCAGCUAUUGGAGGUUACAGAAAACCUCAAAAUUGUAGCCUCUCUCCCACCAGUUGUGGCGGCUCGCAGUGUGUGCUGGAGCCCAAAAGGGAAGCAACUGGUGAUUGGCACAGGUAAUGGGACUCUGAUGCAGUUUGACCAUGAACUUAAGAAGAAGCGAGACUGGGACAGACCCUCAGUGUUGCCAGAGGACCAGCAGUUUGAAGUAAAAGGAGUAGCAUGGGUAUCUACGUACAUGUUUUUGGCUUCGUACUUUUCCUCAGAUGGAUCUGAUAACCAGCCAACAGUCAUCUUGACUUCAGGAUCGAAGGAUGGGGCUCCAGCCUUUAUCAACUUUGAAGAUCCAUGUUAUGGAAAUGGAGAAGGAAUGGCAUGCAAAAUGCAUUUCAAUUACAUCUCACAGUGGGAAAUGGUUUUGUGCACAUCCAGCACUGCUUGUGAAACAGCUAUUGUUGCCAAACACUUUGAUAACAAGAAUACCUUUGAGCGCUGGACUCUUGAUGAUGCUGCUCGGGCUGAACUACCCCUGACUGAGGAUUAUGCUGACACAUUUCCUUUGGGAGCUGCUGUAGACCUGUCCUCACAGUAUGCCAUUCCUGUGGGAGAAAGGUCUCAUCCACCCAGCCCAUUGUUCAUGCUGCUUUCUACUGACGGAGUACUAGUGACUUACUACAUGAUGUACAGUCAUGCUGAGGCCCCGGUUAUCACACAACCUCCUCAACCACUUCCAGCAGGCCCAGUCAGAAAACCACAACCGUCAAACACUCAAGGAACCAUACAGAAAGACACUGCUCCUAUAGAGGCAAGACCACAAUCUCAGUCUGGACAGACAGUAGCUAGCCCAGCUGUCUCCCAGGGUCAGAGUUCAGAUUCUAAGGCCAGUGCUUUUGGUUUUUCUGCCUCUGGUUCUGUAGGAAAGUCUUUGUUUGGAGCUCCAGCUACUCAGGGGUUUAGUUUUACAUCAUCUACAUCCUCAUCUAGUGCAGGAGCUGGGUCCAUCUUUGGUCAGAAUGCCUCAGCAACAACUCAGGUGGGACAAAGUUUCCUGGCAUCAGCUCUCACUGCACCAGUAACAACUGCAGCAGCAGCCACUAUAAAGACAGGAUUUGCUGCUUCUUCAGCUGCUCCAUCUCAGUUUAGUUUUAAGCCUCAGCCAUCUGCCAACUUCAGUUUUAAUGCUACUGUCACUACACCGUCUGCACCUGUUUCCACUAAGUUUGGUGGGACAACAACAGCAAUCAGUUCUUCUUUUGCUCCACAGAGCACAAGUGCCAAUAACACUGGGUUUAAUUUUAGCUUUUCCUCUUCAAGCACCUCAUCUUCUGGCCCAGACAAGACCCCUGUUGUAUCAGCUGCUCCCAUCAGCAGCAAGCCGAUGGCAACCCCAACCCCAGCAACCCAGUCUCAGGUUGUAUUUGGCACACCCACAUCAUCUAAACCCUCCACCUUUACAUUUGGUGUUUCAGCUUCUUCUGCUGCAGCUUUUGGUGUCAAACCAACUGCUGCAUCAACUUUGCCAACAUUUGGUGUGUCUGCACCACCAACGGUCUCAACACAACAAGGUUUUGGAUCAGUUGCCACUUCAACUCUGCCCAAGUUUGGAUUGACAGCUGUAGCGACUCAGGCAGGUGUGACACCAGCUUCACCUGCAGUUAAACCAAAUCUCAUAGCUGGUACAUCAGGGUCUGCAGUGCCAAGUUUUGGAUCCACCUCAGUGUCGUCUGUUCCUACUUUUGGAGCAAAAUCUACUUUAGCUGGGGUGAUGCCAUCAUUUGGGAAUUUGAGAUCUGCAUCAAAUACACCUUCUUCCCAGCAGUCUCAAGCCAAGCCUGGAGCUGGAAUAGCAUCAACCCAGGGUCCCACUGCUUCAUUACAGGGUCUACUCGCUGAAGAGAAAAAAACAAGUAUGAGCAUUCCAAAGCCCUCCCCUGCUCCCACAGCUGAGAGACAGGAACCCAGUGAAAGCAAACCGGUGACAGGACUAGUGACUCAGAAUAUAGCUGUAACAGAUUCCAGUCAGAAAACGUUGACUUCUAAUGCUACAUCUGAUUCCUUGAAUGACACUUUUAGUGCAUCUAUUGCUGAGGAGAUUGCUCAUUUUGAGAGAGAGUUGCGAGAAUUUAAACAACGAGCUGGAGCGGUUAGGGAGACAAUCGGCAGUAAGGCAGACAUGCAGAGACUCCGUAACAGCACAAUAGAGGUCAGCAAUUUCUGUGGAGAGGUCAAGGCCAACACUAAGGAACAGAGUAAAGAGAUAUCGGACUUGAAGGGCCUAUGUCUGGAUUGUUUCGCUAUGGUGGAGGACUGUAAGAUGAGGGAGCAGCUAAACACCGACCCUCAGUACGGUCUUAUGAUGAGGAACAGGGCUCUAGACCCCAAGAGUCUCAGCACAAUGAGGGAUCUACAGCAGCAACAACAGCUGCUUGACCAGGGCCUGAGGGAUGUUGAUGCCAUAUUAGAUCAAGAAUGGCAGGAUUAUCAAAGCAGGAAGAAAAAGAAACAAGGAAUUAAAAGGCCCACAACUGAUGGAAUAUACCAGGUGAUAAAGAGCAACAGAAAUUUGAUUAUUAGAGAGAAGAAUCAGUUGUGUGACUUGGAAUCACAGCUGAAACAGUUAAAGCUGUACAACAAGAAUUCCACAUGGAAACAUCCAGAUUCAUCAAGAGGACCUGCGGAGUUGUCAUCUUUGGCAGAUUCCUUACUGGAAAGUCCCCCAAAAUCUCCAGGAAACAACAAGAAUACACCCAGAAAUUAUUCCCUUAUUCCUCACAAGCAGGCUAAACUUAGAGAGUACCUGUCUCGGAAAACAGUUGCAAAGGUCAAGUCAACAAGACCCGAGAACUUGUCAAUGUCCAGGCUGGCUUCAACAGAAAAGAUCCGUCAGGCCCUUAGCAGGCAAAGUUCACCAACCAAAGCACCCCCUCCUGCAGAGGUCAGAACUGAGUUGAAGCCUUCAAUACAAGGAAGGACGAUUUUACGAGCCACCUCUCACAAUGGAGCCCGCCAGCUUGCCAGUCAGGGCUUACACCCUCUCAGCCCAGGAAAGGAGACAGGAAUCAAACAUCAGCUCAACACACAGGUCAAACCAAACAGCUACCAGCAAGGUCUCAUGUUUUCCAACAUUGGAAAGACCUCAUCCCCCAUGAUUAGUUUCCAGCCAAAGGUUCCCCAAAAUUUGAAGCCGUCAGAUUCGUACCCGCAGUUUGAGGACAUUACACCUACAACAUCUUCUGAUGUGACUGAGGAGGAAGAGGAUGAUGACGAUGAUUAUGAGGAGGAGGACGAUUAUGACGAGGAACAAGACCCGGACAGUGAACACGAUUCUGAGCCACUCAAUAGGAAAAUAGCUGAGAGGAAGCCUGCCACUGGUCUACCUACAGCUUUUUCAGUGAAGACUACAAAGCCAGCACUGCUCCCUACACAUGGUUUUGGACAGGGUUUGUCAGGGUUUACCAGCUUUUCUGGGGGAAGUCAAACAGCCCCUGUCUUUGGUGGAGGGUUCCAAGGACUCAAGACUGAUAACAAAACUCCAACAAACACCUCAACCCCCAAAACAGCUUUCAAGUUUGGAGGUGAUGCUUCCUCUGGAUUUGGGGGCAAAAAUCUGUUUGGCCAGCCGCCCAAGACUGAGGAAAAUAAAAUGGAAGAAUCAAAACCCAUUUCUUCACCACUUCUUGCAAAAGCACUCUCAACUGAAUCUGAUGAAGAAGAAGUAGACUUUGGAAGAAGUGAUGUCACAAAAGACCAGACCAACACAGACAAUAAGGGACCUGAGAAACCAGAAACAGAGUCAAAGUCAGCAACAGCAGAGGCAGAGUCCACCACAGGCAAGACAGCCAUGAGUGGACUGUUUGGAUUUGGAAAAUCACCAUCAAGCCAAUCAUUGACUGACAAAUCAGCAUCUAAAGGGGUGUUUGGCCAGUCCACGAGUACAGGGUCUAGUUUAUUUGGACAACCCACAGGCAACACAGCAUCUGUUACAGAUGCUUCUGACAAAGCUACACCAACAGCUGGUAAACCAUAUGAAUUGACUAAUUUGGUAACUGGGGGAAGUCUGUUUGCACAGCCCUUUGCUCACAGUGGGGGACUCUUGGACAAGUCUACAAAGGAGGAAGAAACAGAAAAAUCAGCACCAGCAACAACUGCUGCAACUGGGUUGUUUGGCCAGAGUACAACUUCUUCUGAUGGUACUGGGUUAUUUGGUAAAGCAAAUUCUUCUCAAGCAUCUGCAACCAGUGCAGGUGGUGUAUUUGGGCAACUAACUACUUCAAAUGCUACAACUUCUGAGGCCACUCCCACUGGUCAAGAUUCAAAAAUGCCUGCUUCAACCAGUGCAGCAGGAGGGAUAUUUAAGGGGGAAGCUGUGACAACAGUAUCAUCUAAUUCAGGAUCAGGAUUAUUUGAACAAAAGCCAACAACUUCUGGAACAGGACUGUUUGGCCAAUCUUCAUCUACAGUUUCUAGUGCUGGUCAAGGAUUAUUUGGACAACAGACAACAGCCACAUCUGGAAUGUUUGGACAAACAACAGUAGCCCCACCAUCCUACUCCAGUUCAGAGUCUGGGUUGUUUGGGAGACCUUUAACUUCUGGCAGUGGUGCAUUUGAACAAACAUCUACAGCUACUUCCUUUACUGGAACAGGACUGUUUGGACAACAAACAUCAACCUCUGGAUCAGGAUUAUUUGGCCAACAAACAACAACUUCAGGAUCUGGAUUGGGAUUAUUUGGUCAAAAAACAACAACUUCAGGAUCUGGAUCAGGAUUAUUUGGCCAGCAGACAACAACUCAAGGGUCUGAAGCUGGACUUUUUGGACAACAAACAACAACUUCAGGGUCUGGAGGUGGGCUUUUUGGACAACAAACAACAACCUCUGGAUCUGGUGCUGGACUUUUUGGACAACAAACAACAACUUCAGGGUCUGGAGGUGGGCUUUUUGGACAACAAACUACCUCUGUGUCAGGAUCCUUUGGACAACCAAGCACAUCAACUUCAACUUCUGGCUCCGGCUUAUUUGGACAGUCAGUCACAAUUUCCACAUCUGGAGGUGGGUUAUUUGGAACAGCAGGAGCUACAACGGCAUCCACAACAGGAACUGGAUUGUUUGGUCAAGUUUCCUCAACGUCUAUCACUUCAAGUUCUGGUACUGGCUUAUUUGGUCAAAGUGGGUCAGGAGGGUUUGGUCAGAGUUCUACUGGACCAAAGCCUUCAAUGCUUGGAGGACUCCUGUCCGGCACUGAAGAUUCUCCUGCAACAGGUUCCACAUUUGGUCAGGGAAGUCCAGCAAAGAAUUUAUUUGGAACACCAACUGGCACCUCUUCUUCUGCUUUUGGCCAGCCAGCACCACUGUUUGGAACCUCUACAGCUGGGACAGGGUUUGGAAAUACAUCCUCUAGUGGGGGAUUUGGCACCUCAGGGGGUGGUCUGGGAUUUGGAGGCACUGCCACAACCACUUCUGUGUCAGGAUUUGGUCAAACAAAUCCAGGAGUGUUUGGACAAUCUACAGGAAGCACUUCAAGUCCAUUUGGUGGUGGUUUUGGCAGUGCCCCUAGUGGUCAGUCAUCUGGCGGUCUGUUUGGUGGUGGAGGAAGUGGUGGGAUGUUCUCAGGACUUGGUGGUAAACCCUCAGAGGACAAGGCCAAAACUAAUGUGUUUGGAUCAGCACAAUCAUUUGGAAGUUCAGCUACCCCUCAAACCAACCUGUUUGGUAGUCAGGGUCCUAGCACCUUUAGAAGUGGGGGUGGAUCUAGCCCAUUUGCAGGUGGAGGAUUUAGUGGAGGUGGUUCCAAUGUGGCAUCUUCGGGCUUUGGCGUAGCUAAAACACAAAGCCCUGGUGGGUUUGGAGGAAGUCCUAGUUUUGGAGGGAGUCCAGCAUUUGGGGGACAAGCAUCAUUUGGAAGCUCCCCUGGCUUUGGUUCUGCACCAACAUUUGGGGGAGGAUCAACGUUUGGUAGUGGAGCCUCAUUUUCAAAUCAGCUAGGAUCUCCACAGAACACUGGCAGUGCUGGGGGAUUCGCAGGAUUUGCCUCUGGUUCAUCUCCAACCUUUGGGGGUCUGGCUCACAGUGGGGACACAACCUCCUUUGGUGCUUUGUCACAAGCUAGUAGUGGUUUUGGUGGAUUUGGAGGGGGUGGAGGAGGGUUUGGAUCUAGUUCAGGUUUUGGACAGUCCCCAAGUUCAAGUGGAAAUCCCUCAUUCACUGGAUACAGGUCUUAGCUUCAAAGUAUGAACAUGAGCAAAAAAUAAUUUAAUAAUGGACUGUAAUACUAAAUACUUUUUCUGUUUUGAUGAUGUACAAGGAAAUGUAUUAUUAACGGAGUAAAAACUUUGUUGUAACACAUAUAGAGUACAUAACUGUGUAAACAAUAAAGGUAUGCCAAUGUUGAUAGCACAUGAU